UUCAGAUUGCUGAGAUAGCGAGUAUUAAUAUAGCAUAUUUCCCUAUCUUUUCUUCUGGCUCCGCCAUCACAAUCUAUUCUAGCAAUAAUUCACCAGUAGCAAACGACUUGUCACCAAACUAACACAAAUGGAUAUCAUAUCCUUACUCACAAUGAUUCUCACACUGUUUACCCCAAUCGCCUAUGCUAAAGCAUGGGAUUGGUGUACUUGUAUACAAGAAAGAGCUAAUCCCGCACUCGGAAAAAAGGGCAGAGUUUCAACCGAGGAUUUACAAACCAACGCUUGUAGGCGGGCUAAGCCAUAUUUUGCAGUCGGACCCUGGGCAGUUCGACAUCACAACUUGCUAGGUUGGGACGGGUAUUGGUGUACCGCCUAUGCAGGUACCAGGAUAUCAGGGGAGAAUAUGUAUAAUGCGUGCAGAUACUAUGGAGCGGUUGACUCGUGCUGCGUCGAUACGGAUGCAUCUGAGACUAUCGCGACUAGUCAUUCAACCGGAUGCGGGUGACGAGGGGAACGCGGGUAAUGCCGUUGUCCAGGUUAUUACCAACCUGAACGUCGCGCUUAAAAGUAGUAUGUUACAGCUGAUAGAGAGGGUGACAGAUUGACUGUAUAGUUACUAGUGACAUAACGAGUAUGGGACAAGUUAGUUGUGGUAUUGCUUAGUGUAGUCUGCUGGUUCUGCAGUAAAUCUAUAACGGCCAAACUCGUGAAGAUCGAUGAGGAAGGUGACAGAUCUUCA